CUGCACAUGGUUUGAGCGCAUCAGCAUGCUGGUGAUCCUGCUCAACUGCGUUACGCUCGGCAUGUUUCAGCCUUGCCAGGAUCUGGAGUGCCACUCGGACAGGUGCAGCAUCCUGCAGGCAUUCGAUGACUUCAUAUUUGCGUUCUUUGCCGUGGAGAUGGUGAUUAAAAUGGUGGCCCUGGGGGUGUUCGGUCCGAAAUGUUACCUUGGUGAUACCUGGAACCGCCUUGACCUCUUCAUCGUCAUGGCUGGGAUGUUGGAGUAUUCUUUAGACGGACACAACGUCAGUUUCUCCGCCAUCAGAACCGUGCGGGUUCUCCGACCGUUACGAGCCAUCAACAGAGUUCCCAGUAUGCGUAUUCUGGUGACCCUAUUGUUGGAUACUCUGCCCAUGCUAGGAAACGUCUUGCUGCUUUGUUUCUUUGUUUUCUUUAUAUUCGGGAUUGUGGGAGUGCAGUUGUGGGCGGGGCUUCUUCGUAACCGCUGCUUCCUCGACAGCAACAUUAGAACGCUGUAUAAUGUGUCUGAGUCUCUAAACGAAUACUACAAACCGGAUGAGUCGGAGGACGUUCCCUUCAUUUGCUCGACUGCUCGGGAGAACGGAAUGCUGCACUGCUCCAGUAUCCCGCAGCGCAGGGAGGGGGGAGCUCGAUGUGAACUCAGUGCCGAUAAUGUCACGGAUUAUGUUUUCAAACAGACCUUUCAUCAUGCAUGUGUGAACUGGAACAUGUAUUACAGCAACUGCAAAGCAAGUGAACACAAUCCACAUAACGGGGCCAUCAACUUCGACAACAUUGGAUAUGCAUGGAUUGCCAUUUUUCAGGUUAUUACGUUGGAAGGAUGGGUGGAUAUCAUGUAUUAUGUAAUGGAUGCACAUUCCUUUUACAACUUUAUCUAUUUCAUCUUCCUUAUCAUUGUAGGCUCCUUCUUCAUGAUCAACCUGUGCCUGGUUGUCAUAGCAACACAGUUCUCCGAAACCAAACAACGGGAGAACCAGCUGAUGAAGGAGCAGCGGGCCCGUUUCCGUAGCAACGAGUCCACCAUCGCUAGCUUGGCCGAACCAGGAUCAUGCUACGAAGAGAUGCUUAAAUACCUCGCCCACAUCUGUCGUAAACUUUGUCGGCACGUCACUCGCUUAUACGGUGAAUUGUGCCCGAAGAGGCGAAGGGGCGAUGCCAAUUCCAACAGCUCCUUGACGGGAGGCGGGACUAAUGGAUAUUGGGCUGACAAUGGGACAAAAAUGGGACCGUCCCAAUACUUUAUGACUCAUUGUUAUCAUACUCAUCAUCAUCAUCACAAUUACAUCGGUAAUGGCAUUGAAAUGAAAACCUUUCAUGCUGAUAGAGACACUCAGAAUUGCAAAAAGGGACCAUCCCUUCCACUUACACUGCAGAAUUUGAAGGGUUUAAAGUUCAGUAUGAACUACCCCACCAUAAUGCCCUCCAAACUGUCCUCAAACUCACAUAAUCGCCAAAACAGGACAGGCGGUCCCAAGGGACCAGCAUUGCAUCAUGGACACUAUGGCAGGAAGAUCUCAGUUUGUGGUGGAUUUCAGGAUACCUACAAGCUGCAACACGGUGUGUAUCCUGGCACGUGCUCAAGUGUGUGUGUGGAUGGGAGGGCGGGGAUGGCAUCAUCUGAACUGUCUUCCUGCCCGAUUUGCGCUCAGGAAGGUGAUGGUGUCAACUGUGAUUCCAACGGUGAAUCGGACCCGGAGAAACAGGGGCCAGAUGUCGGCACAGAACAGAGCAGAUUAAACCAGGACAUGGAAGAAAAGGAGUCUAGGAGACAGAACUGUGUGCUUAUGUGCAUUCAUCAUAUCCGAGUUGUGCUGAAGCGGAUUGUGGAUAGCAAAUACUUCAACAGAGGGAUAAUGAUUGCGAUCCUCAUCAAUACACUCAGCAUGGGUGUAGAGUACCAUGAACAGCCGGAGGAGUUAACAGUCGCGCUGGAGAUCAGUAAUAUUGUCUUCACAAGUUUGUUUGCGUUAGAAAUGGUCUUGAAACUUUCAGCCUGUGGUGUGUUUGACUACAUCAGCAACCCCUACAACAUCUUCGAUGGCAUCAUUGUCAUCAUCAGUGUGUGCGAGCUCGUCGGACAGGCGGAAGGAGGGUUUUCGGUUUUACGGACGUUCCGUUUGCUGAGGGUCCUGAAGCUGGUGCGGUUCCUCCCCGCUCUGCGCCGGCAGCUGGUGGUACUGAUGAAGACUAUGGACAAUGUGGCCACAUUCUGCAUGCUGCUGAUGCUCUUCAUCUUCAUUUUUAGUAUAUUGGGUAUGCAUCUGUUUGGGUGCAAGUUCAGCCGUCUGGAGAAUGGAGACACGGUCUCUGAUCGGAAGAACUUUGAUUCAUUGCUCUGGGCCAUCGUCACUGUGUUCCAGAUCCUGACCCAGGAGGACUGGAAUGUGGUUCUGUAUAACGGUAUGGCCUCCACCUCUCCAUGGGCGGCUCUGUACUUCGUGGCUCUGAUGACUUUUGGGAAUUAUGUCCUCUUCAAUUUAUUGGUUGCCAUCUUAGUAGAAGGCUUCCAGGCUGAGGGUGAUGCCAGCAGGUCUGAUACUGAUGAUAUGUCUUCUGACUAUGAUGAUGAGGACAAACUGAGAGAACUGCUGAACUCAGGAUCAGAAUUGAAAAUGCAGACAUUAAUGCCCAUCUCAAACGGACACCUGGAACCCCGAGCAUCCAUGCCACCUCACAGCAAUGCCACGCCCAGAACCGAAGUGUCACACGUCUACAGCCAAUCACGUCGCAACAGCAAUACCUCCACCGAACCCCAUGACCAGAGAUCCCUGUCGAGUCUUUGGGGAAGCCGUCGCUCCAGUUGGAACAGUCUCGGCCACGCCCCCAGUCUGAUCAGACGUGCCCAGUCAGGGGAGCGCGAGUCGCUGCUUUCAGGGACGGGACAAGACAGCAUGGAUGACAACCAAUCGGAUGAUGGGAAAUCCAGCAGGACUGGCAGUCUGGGCGGAGUCUCGUGUAUGGGGUCAUUUGAUUUAGAUCUCCUGCAGGUUCCACGCCCAUAUAUGGAGUGUAAUGGGAGAUUAGAUGGAGGAUAUCCAUCCUCUCCAAACGUCAUACACCCAGAAUUACCAUCCACACAAGGGGCAGAGGAUGAGGACUUUGAGGAGAGUUGGUGUUUGAUUGUGAAGAGAUUGUUGGAGCCAUAUAAACCUCAGUGGUGUAGAGAUCAUGAGGAUUGGUCCCUUUAUCUCUUUUCCCCUCAUAAUAAGUUUCGUGUCCGCUGUAAGAAGAUCAUCACUCAUAAGAUGUUUGAUCAUAUUGUCCUGUUCUUCAUCUUCUUCAACUGUAUCACAAUUGCUCUAGAGCGACCAGACAUCCAGCCUGACAGCACAGAGCGUGUUUUUCUUAAAGUUUCCAACUACAUCUUCACUCUGAUCUUCGUAGCUGAGAUGACUGUGAAGGUGGUUUCUCUUGGGCUGUAUGCCGGGCCAGGCUCAUACCUGAAGAGCAGUUGGAACGUUCUAGAUGGUUUCCUGGUGUUUGUGUCGAUGGUGGACAUCUUGGUGUCUCUCGCCUCCUCUGGUGGGAACAGAAUCCUGGGAAUCUUAAGAGUUCUUCGCCUGCUCAGGACACUGAGACCCCUCAGGGUCAUAAGCAGGGCGCCUGGACUCAAGCUGGUUGUUGAAACGUUGAUCACAUCUCUCCGACCUAUUGGAAAUAUUGUGCUGAUAUGUUGCGCUUUCUUCAUUGUCUUUGGCAUCCUGGGAGUUCAGCUUUUUAAGGGGAAGUUUUACCACUGUGAAGGCUUUGACACUAGAAAUAUAACUAAUAAAUCGGGGUGCCUGCAGGCUAAAUACAAAUGGGUCCGCAGGAAGUAUAACUUUGAUAACCUGGGUCAGGCUCUUAUGUCAUUGUUUGUCCUGUCGUCUAAGGAUGGGUGGGUCAGCAUCAUGUAUGACGGAUUAGAUGCAGUGGCCGUAGACAUUCAGCCCAUUAAAAAUCACAAUCCUUGGAUGCUUCUGUAUUUCAUCUCCUUCUUGCUGAUCGUCAGCUUCUUCGUGUUGAACAUGUUUGUCGGCGUGGUGGUGGAGAACUUCCACAAGUGCAGACAAGACCAGGAGGAGGAAGAGGCCCGACGAAGGGAGGAGAAGAGGCAGAAACGUAUGGAGAAGAAAAGGAGAAAGGCUCUACAGAGACCAUACUACGCAGACUAUUCCCCCACCCGCCUCUAUAUUCACACACUCUGCACAAGCCAUUAUCUGGACCUCUUCAUCACCAUCAUCAUCGGCAUUAAUGUCCUCACAAUGUCAAUGGAGCACUACAGACAGCCCAAGUAUCUGGAUGAGGGUCUGAAGUACUGUAACUAUUUCUUCACGCUGGUCUUUGUGAUCGAGGCUGCUCUCAAACUGGUUGCCUUCGGGUUCAGGAGGUUCUUUAAGGAGAGGUGGAAUCAGUUGGAUCUCGCCAUUGUUCUUCUGUCCAUCAUGGGAAUUACUCUUGAAGAAAUUGACCUGAAUGCUUCUCUGCCCAUCAACCCCACCAUCAUACGCAUCAUGAGGGUGCUACGUAUUGCCAGAGUGUUGAAGCUGUUGAAGAUGGCCACAGGAAUGAGAUCUCUUCUGGAUACUGUGGUUCAAGCCCUACCACAGGUGGGUAAUCUGGGUCUUCUCUUCAUGCUGCUCUUCUUCAUCUAUGCGGCUCUAGGAGUCGAGCUAUUCGGAAAACUCGAAUGCACUGACGAGAACCCAUGUGAGGGACUGAGCCGACACGCUACGUUUCUAAACUUCGGCAUGGCUUUCCUCACUUUGUUCCGCAUUUCCACCGGCGACAACUGGAAUGGAAUCAUGAAGGAUACCCUGCGGGAAUGUAAAAACGCUGACAAAUGUCUGAGUUAUCUGCCACUUUUGUCACCUCUUUAUUUCGUGACGUUUGUGCUGAUGGCUCAGUUUGUGCUGGUAAAUGUCGUGGUCGCCGUACUCAUGAAACAUUUAGAAGAGAGCAACAAAGAUGCCCGUGAAGAGGCGGAGAUGGAGGCGGAAUUGAAGGAGGAGCUACGGGGCAGCCGACGACAAAGCGUCGCCUCUGUGGGUGGGGCCAUUGGGUUGGAGGGUGCAGCUUUUAAAAUGGAGACUCUUUCAUCAGAGCAGUGCAAAGAUCCCAGUUAUGGUAACUUCCUGACAGUAGAAAGGCCAUCCAUAUCCAGGAUGCUAUCUUUGCCCAAUGACAGUUACAUGCUGUAUCCAGUUAAAGCUGAAUACGGGUCUAUCCAGCAGAGAUUUUCCAAACAAGAUUCAGCCUUACCAGGCUCUUCUCCGUCACUUGGCACGCAGCCCUGUGAAGAUGCUACGCUGAUGGAGGUGCCAGGAACUAUGUCUCAGACAAACUUGGCCUCGGUUCCAGCGCCUCACCUUCUGACUCAAAGAACAAGAAGAUCCACCAAUGCUGUCAGAAUCCUGCGCAGACAGCAAGCAAUAAAGAGCGACUCAAUCGAUUCUGCAAUCCCUGGUUCCAAAGACAGCCUACAAGUUCCAAGCAAGCCUUUUUCUAGCGAAAAUCUUCAACUUAAAGUACCCAGCAUUUCUCUCGCCGGUGGUUCCGCCCCCUGUUCUCCCCAGACUUCCCCCCCUCCACCUCUCCGCAAUCGUCCGGCAAGCGUACGAACAAACAGACAGGUGUACAGUCAAUGCAGCAUCCCGCGCCGCCAGGCUACAAACCUGAACCGAUCUACACAAGCACUUGAAGUAAUGGAUGCAAAUGCACAAACAAACACAGAGGGUUUGGGUGACUCUGAUGACAUAAACUCUUUUCAAAAAGGAGCCCCUAAGCAUCUUUCCCCGUACGCAUCAUCCCUUUUUUGUUCGGAUGCCCAAUCUCAGACCUCAGGGGUUACCCGUCUACAAGAACCCAGUAGUUAUAGUCUAAGAAAAUACAACAGCAUGGAAAAUAACGGCUUUUUGUCGGCCCAAUUUGGCACUCCUCGUCGACACUCCAUGCAUGGGGAGGAGCUAACUCUUCAACAACAGCCAAUAAAGGCACCACAUCCUGGACCUAUACCCAAGAAGGAGAAAAUGAGCCCACCAUGCAUCUCUAUUGACCCGCCCACAGAAGCGAAGUUUCAAUCCCAAACGGUCAGCCAGGAAUGCAGCUCAGUUUUAAGAAGGCGGACCCCGUCGUUUGACUCGGCGUUACCACGCGAGUCAUUAGAUCUUACGGAGGCCCUCCCACAGGACGAACCUCCUUUGUCGAGUCAUUUGCCCCUCCCACAAUUCUCUUUCGAUCAAUCGGACGUAAGUUCUUUGAGCAGUCUGUCGGAACUGCUUUCAGAUAGUGACCAAUCAACGCACUCCCUUCCUCCUGAAGCCCGGUCGGGGUUUACGGGAACCACGGGAGACGCUCAGAGCCCACUCAGGAAGAAGGUCUUGGUCAGAAUGGCCAGCACUAGGGAUCCAGGAAAUGAUGAUUCAGUUGCCUAGGCAACAGGAAGAUACCGUACUUAUGCGUCCGCCUCUUCGCAAAGCAUUUUUAAGGUGGUGUCGGUCGCAGUAUGCAAUGUGUUUCUGAUUGGAACUUGUCUUUUUUUGCCUGAUCAUAUUGAUUAGGGUUUUCAGACUUUUAGUAGUAUUCAUUACAGACAUAGAUAUUGUGAAGUUUUGUGUGACAUCAACCCUGUUUGAAUCCUCAAUCCAAUCAAGAUAUACAAUUAAUGCACAUAACAGUGCGAUUUUAACCCUCAUGUUCUGUUUGGGGUCUGGAAGAAGACCUUGUUUAUAGUAAUGGCUCUAAAAACUAAAAAUAAUACAAAUCUGGCAUUUUUCACCAUCAUGUUGCACCACCUUUUUAUGCUGUUGUUAUUUAUUAAAGGCGACAUAUCAUCAAAAUCUGACUUUUUCCAUGUUUAAGUGCCAUUAUUGGGUCCCCAGUGCUUCUAUCGAACUAGAAAAUGUGAAAAGAUCAAACCAGUAACUUAGUUUUGGUAAACCAUUCUGUGCAAGCAUGAAAAAAUAGGUCAUUGAAAUGUGGCUAUCCUUGUGAUGUCAGAAGGGGAUCUUAUUAUAAUAAUACCCCCCCCCCCCUAAUGUGCACUAUCAUACCACGGCACUGCCAUUGAAAGAGAUCGAGAAAGAGAGAGGUUGAAAAUUGAUGACAGCACAAUUGAGUUUCAAUUUCAACAAAUCAGUGUUUGCAUUUCACCAUCUCAUUUGCAUUUAAAAAGACCCCCACACCUAUAAAGUGGCAAUUUUAACAUGCUAUAAUAAACUAUCUACAUCAGGGAUGGGCAACUUC